AAACACCACCAUCUUCCCUAAUUGUCACUAUAAAAAUAAGGCGAGCUAGAGGUUGAAGAAGAUCCAAGAUGAAAUUUGUUUUUUUGAAACUGGAAAAAUGAAUUGGGUUUUAAGCAAGUGUUUGAAUGAAUGAAUUAAGGAGGAUGAUGAUGUUGAGGCAAGGCAGCACAAGGUGUGAAGACUGUGGCAACAAAGCCAAGAAAGAAUGUGGGUUCACGAGGUGCCGGACUUGUUGUAGGAGCAAAGGGUAUCAGUGCCAAACUCAUAUCAAAAGCACUUGGGUUCCUGCCUAUAGAAGGAUUAGACAAAACCCACAGAUCUCUCGUAACCCUACAAGGCUUAGACAAAAUCCUUCUUCAGGGUUAGAAGUGGGGAAAUUUCCGGCGGAAGUGAUUUCUCCGGCGACAUUCCAGUGUGUUCGAGUGAGCUCCGUGGAAGAUGCAGAUGAUGAAUAUGCUUAUAGGACAAGUGUGAACAUUGAAGGACGUGUGUUCAAGGGUAUUCUCUAUGAUCAAGGCCCUCACCACUCAUUAGGCGAAAGCUCCUCUCGAGAUCAGACACAUUUGCAGCAACAGCAGCCGAAUCAAAUCAUUGCUGCCGACCCUCUAACAAUGGCUACCACAACUACUUCGGCUACUGUAGAAACUCUUCUUCCCUUCGCGUAUGCAUCUCCCUUUAAUGCUUUCAUGUCACCUAGUACGCAGUUUUUCCUCCACCAACCAAAGCCUUAGUAACUGCGAGGGAAGAAGGGUAAAAUUGCUUUAGGAAAAAAAAUAACUUUUUGUUCUUGCAAAUUUUACUCACUUUCAGUGAGUUGGAACUCCCAUUUCCCUCUGCCUUCUUUGGUUAUAGCAGGUGAUCGCUUUGUAUUUGCCCUAAUACAUAUCUAAUAUUCAUCACAGUUUUAAGAAAUAAAAAGGUUUAAUU